AUGCCCGCUGUUAAUUUUUUAGGUAGUUACGGUCCAGUGGUGAAAGUUUGCGGCUUGCAAAGCGCAGAGGCCGCCCAAUGUGCUUUGGAUUCGAACGCUGACUUGCUAGGUAUAAUAUGUGUGCCCAAUAGGAAAAGAACAGUUGACCCAGUCGUAGCCAAGAAAAUUUCGCAUCUGGUAAAAGCAUAUAGGAACAGCUCGGGUACUCCGAAAUAUUUGGUUGGUGUUUUUCGUAAUCAGUCCAAGGAGGACGUUUUGACUAUAGCAAAUGACUAUGGCAUUGAUAUUGUUCAACUGCAUGGUGAUGAGCCGUGGCAAGAAUACCAGGCAUUUCUCGGCUUGCCAGUUAUUAAAAGACUUGUGUUUCCAAAAGAUUGUGACAUAUUACUCAGUGCACCCCUAGAAAAAUCACAUCUGUUCACUCCUUUAUUUGAUUCGGAGGCAGGUGGAACAGGUGAACUUUUAGAUUGGAGUUCUAUCUCUGAUUGGGUUACAAAGCAAGAAAACCCAGAAAAUUUGCAGUUCAUGUUGGCUGGUGGACUGACACCUGAAAAUGUUUGCGACGCGCUUCGACUAAAUGGUGUUGUUGGUGUUGAUGUAAGCGGGGGUGUAGAGACAAAUGGCAUAAAAGAUACCGAUAAAAUUGCAAACUUCGUUAGUAAUGCAAAAAAGUAA